AGCCAAAAGUACUUGCUAAUGAAUUAGAUGGAGUGUGUGAGAAAGGAGGGAUUCAAGCCUAUCCAGACACAGAGGAGAAUCGCAUAACCCGGCUUACAAGUUACAGCUCUCGCUAAGGAGCCUGCAUUCACAGGCUAUUAAGAACUGGAAGAAAUCGUGGGCUGACUAGGAUGUAGCAGCAAAGAACAGCAUUUUGACCUCUGCUCUGACUUCCUGAUCUUCACCUCGAAAGGCAGACUAAGAAGGCAGGGAGCCCAAGAGCCCUCAGGCCAACUCUGCCUGCUCACCAUGAGGAUCAUGAUGUCCACGGCUGCCCUUGCCAUCCUCAUCAUAGCAGCUGCCCUUGAAGCCCAGGAUGACGACGUAUAUGAUUCAGAGAUCAGCGGAUACCUGGAAUCAGAGCAUCAAUUCAGACCUUCACAACUUAAUCUUGAUGUACCCCUGAGAUCAAAGGAGCGAUUCAGACCUUCACGAUUUCAUUAUGCUGGCUUUCACCAUGCAGCCCUUCACCAUCCUGCUGACUGCUGCUUCUCCUACACUCCAUGGUUCCUGUGUAACCUCAUGAUACACUGUUUUGAGACAAGCAGUGAGUGCUUCAGGCGAGCAGUCAUCUGUAUCACCGCUCGAGGUAGAGCUGUCUGUGCUGACCCCAGAGAUCCAAAAGUUCGGGAUUGCAUGUUAAAACUAACCCAGACCUGACUGCUUAAUAACCUUGAAACACUAAAACUUUGAUGGAAAUGGGACAAAAAUUACCAGCCACCUGACCUUCAGCUUCUUGCCCCAACUACUUUCUGCAAGUUUCCUGUGUUGAAUUAAAAAAAAAAAUUGCUUACUUUUCUUUCUGAAAUGGAUUAAUAAACAGUAUCUGCAUGGAUA